CAUUGGAAGUUGAACCGUGCACGUAUUCAGUGGAGUGAUGAGAAGUGACGUGGAGUAUCGUCGAUAAACCAGAACUUUUAAAAGUCAGUUUUUGACAUGGAUUUGGUAUAAAUUGAAAUGUUUCCAAAGUAGUAAAAGGCAAGUAAGUUUAACGGAAGAGCAAGACGCGCCUCCGAUCGUAUGGUAUUAGCUGUGUAGCACCCACCUAGCCUCUGAGGCUGUGCUGCUGCUGAUGGCUAUCUGAAGUCUGAAAUCAACUGCACAAGUUGCAUAUGGUUUAUGAUUAACAUCUCAGAAUGUAAAACUAUAUCGUAGUUGAACUACCAACGAAAAGUCUAUAGUUGUGUGAGAAACUACCAGCAGAAAGUGCCAACAUGAAUUCUCUGCUGCGAAGUGAGGAGAUGUGUUUAGCCCAGUUAUUUCUCCAGUCUGGGUCAGCGUACGACUGCAUCAGUGAACUGGGAGAACUGGGGCUCGUGGAAUUCAGAGAUCUCAACCCGUCUGUGAUUGCUUUUCAAAGGAAAUAUGUCAAUGAGAUCAAAAAAUGUGAGGAGAUGGAGAGAAUUCUUAGUUAUCUUCUAAAGGAAAUCAAGAAAGCUGACAUCUCACUUCCAGAAAUCGAUGUUAACCCAGUAGCUCCUUUACCCAAACACGUCAUUGCCAUAAUGGAACAGCUGCAAAGACUGGAGGUGGAGUUAGGAGAGGUCACCAGAAAUAAGGAAAAGCUACAGAAAAACCUCUUAGAGCUGACUGAGUACACACACAUGCUGCGCAUCACUCGCAACUUUGUCCAGAGAUCUGCUGAGCGAGAGCCCUUACAAGUACAGUAUGAAGAAUUUCCAUUUCUGGAGAAAGAAACAAUGAUGGACUACAACAGCAUGCAGAGACUUGGAGCCAAAUUAGGUUUUAUAUCUGGUCUGAUUCAUCGGGUAAAGAUUGAAGCUUUUGAGCGGAUGCUGUGGAGAGUGUGUAAAGGAUACACCAUCCUGAGCUAUGCUGAAGUGGAUGAGUAUCUGGAUGAUCCUGACACUGGCGAGCCCACUAAAAGUGUGGUGUUUCUCAUCUCCUACUGGGGGGAACAAAUUGGCCAGAAAGUGAAGAAAAUCUGUGACUGUUACCACUGUCACGUGUAUCCAUACCCAAGUAACAAUGAGGAGAGGAACGAUGUAGUGGAGGGACUCAGGACACGGAUCCAAGACCUGCACACCGUUCUUCACAGAACAGAAGAUUAUCUAAAACAGGUCCUCAUUAGGGCGUCAGAGUCAGUCUACACAUGGGUUGUGCAGAUCAAGAAAAUGAAAGCUAUUUACUAUAUUCUGAACCAAUGUAGUUUUGACGUUACCAACAAAUGUCUAAUUGCUGAGGUUUGGUGCCCUGUCAGUGACCUGCCUGCUCUGCGCAAGGCCCUUGAAGACGGAUCAAGAAAAAGUGGAGCAACUGUGCCUUCUUUUGUUAAUCGAAUUCCCACCAGUGACACUCCACCCUCUUUAAUAAGGACCAACAAAUUUACUUCUGGUUUCCAGAACAUUGUGGAUGCCUAUGGUGUGUGCAGUUAUAGAGAGGUCAAUCCCGCUCCUUUCACAAUCAUCACUUUUCCAUUCCUGUUUGCGGUGAUGUUCGGGGAUCUGGGCCAUGGAAUCAUCAUGGCUUUGUUUGCCUUUUGGAUGGUAUUUUAUGAGAACGACCGCAAACUGAAAAAUACAAGAAAUGAGAUCUGGAAUACAUUCUUUGAGGGGCGUUACAUAAUUCUGAUGAUGGGACUGUUUUCGGUCUACACUGGCCUUAUAUACAACGACUGUUUCUCCAAGUCUCUCAACAUUUUUGGCUCCAAGUGGAAUGUAUCAGCCAUGAUUGAAGCUAAGAUUUGGAAACGAGAGGAUCUCCGUGGAAAUGGAAUACUGACUCUUGAUCCGAAUGUUACAGGAGUUUUCACUGGACCCUAUCCUUUUGGAAUUGACCCUAUAUGGAACCUGGCAACCAAUCGCCUCACCUUUUUGAACUCUUAUAAAAUGAAAAUGUCUGUGAUUCUUGGAAUUAUACACAUGAGCUUUGGUGUCAUCCUCAGCACUUUUAAUCACUUACACUUCAGGAAGAGCUAUAACCUGUACCUGGUGUUUCUUCCUGAGCUGCUAUUCCUCCUGUGUCUGUUUGGAUAUCUUGUUUUCAUGAUUUUGUACAAGUGGAUGGUUUUCUCCGCUCAGGACUCCAGACACGCUCCAAGCAUUCUCAUCCAUUUUAUCAACAUGUUCUUAAUGCAAGGAGAUUCUAUACAGCCACUUUAUGCUGGACAGAGUGGACUGCAGAUUUUCCUCUUGCUAAUUGCAGUACUCUCUGUGCCGGUUUUAUUAAUGGGAAAACCACUGUACCUUUACUGGCUCAACAAAGGCCAUCACCGCAUUGGAGCAUACAGGGGAUAUGAGCGUGUGCGGCAUGACAGUGAUGAAGAGCUGUUCCUUUUGAGGGCUCAUGACAUGGAGGAGGGCAGCAGUCACAGUGAAGUCUCAAUGAGCGGAGAACACCAGUCAGAAGAGUUUAACUUUGCAGACGAGUUCCUACAUCAAGCUAUCCACACAAUAGAGUACUGCUUAGGAUGCAUCUCAAAUACAGCAUCCUAUUUACGACUCUGGGCUCUGAGUCUGGCCCAUGCUCAGCUGUCGGAGGUCCUGUGGGCUAUGGUGAUGAGAGUUGGACUCAAAAUGGAUACCAGCCUGGGGGUCUUGUUUCUGGUGCCAGUGUUUGGUCUCUUUGCAGUCCUCACAGUGUCCAUCCUCUUGGUCAUGGAGGGCCUGUCUGCUUUUCUUCAUGCUCUGCGACUGCACUGGGUGGAGUUUCAGAAUAAGUUCUACAGUGGAAGUGGAGUCAAGUUUGUACCAUUUUCCUUUUCAUUAAUGCCAUCUAGUUUUGAUAAUGAUGGCCUAUUAUAAAAUAACUUUACUUAUAGGCACCAGGCCAGUUUUUAAUGUCAGGUAUGGGAUUAUAAUUGGGUGUAAUGGUUUGUAAAGCAUAGAAUGAAUUUCCCCACGGAUCUGAUGUCUAACAACAUAGAGUAUUUUUGAUAAAGUAUUUUAAUUACACUUUUUUGAUUGAUUAUAAAACCUUAGUGCCUGCUUUCAGAAAUUCAACAUUCAACACUCCCUUUAUGAUUGUAUAGAAGAGUUAAUAGAAUAAUUUGUUUUUCAUUUUCACUUAAUUAUCCAGUUUAUUCAACCUGUGCUUGACCACUUUGCAUCUUGUUUUAUUGUACAAACGUAUGUGUUUUUCUUAAUUUAUUGUUUUAAAAGCUACAGUGGAAUUAAAAUUACAUUUUAUUUUGAUACGGGUUUAAUGGUCCAUUGUUCUGUAAAAGUAAACAUUAAUUUGUCUUUACUUAGGAAUCAUCCCUCCAAUCAUUUAUAAAUGUUGUCAUUUUUAUACACAAAGUUCAUAACAUACACAAUGGAUUGUCUACUUACAUUUGUUAUCUGCACAAACCUAUUUGUAUGUGGUACAAAUCUUGCGGUUGAACCAGUAGCUACUGUGACAAAUGUGUUUUUGGGUUUGUUAAAUAUGACCUACUCAUGGAGGUGUUUUUAUUUUUAUGUUAAAAUGACAGUUAACUUA